AUGUAUCUUCACGUUCGAUAUUUUGCCAGUGUUGCUGCUCUGCUAGGCACAAUCACUACAACGUCGGCAGUCUCACUACAGCCAAGCGACUGCAUGGGAAAAGUAACCAAAUUCCCUAACUGUGAUAACGUCGAUCGCAUUCUUAAAAAGUGCAAUCUUAUCACCGAAAAGCAGGAAUUAAUCGACUGCUUCUGUACGCAAGAACUGCUUGACUCUUAUGUCGGGUGCAAAGGUGAAGCCAGACAGUGCCUGUUGUCCAACGACUUUGACAACAGUUGGGACAAGGAAAUUGCAAAUUGGCAGGAUGCCUGCGGUCCUUAUCUCUCAAACGAUAUCACCACGCGAUCCAUUGCGCAGCCAACAAGGACGUUCGAUAAAGACUUUUGUCAAACGGUUGCCCAGAACUGCUAUCGGCUGAACGAGGCCACAGAAGAUUGUUCAACUUCUUACACCAAGGGUGCGGACUUUACGAGCUGUCGAUGUGAGAGUUCCAUGAUCUCUUUGGCUUCCGUUUGCGAAAUCGAUGGCAGCAUGUCGUGCUACGGAGAAAUGCCGAUAACAUCAAAUAUAUGGGAAUUUCAGAAUUGCGCAGCCACAGCUGCACCCACCUUAACAGAUCCUUCAGAGCGCUGA